CUUUCUACCUGGCCCUGCUCCUCCCUGGAUUCUACCCUGGGCAUGAUCUCUGAGUAUUGUUUGUCUGUUUGUCUUACAGGCAUCAUUCCUGAAGUGUAUCGCUUAGUUCGAGUCUUGGAAUCUUUUCACAUCCACCAUGAACACCUCUCACCUCCUGGCCUUGCUGCUCACAGGGUCCCCACAGGGUGACAACAGAAGCAAGUCCCCGGACGUCCCAUACAACUUCUCUGAUCAUUGCCAGGAUUCUGUGGAUGUGAUGAUCUUCAUCGUGACUUCCUACAGCAUUGAGACCGUCGUGGGGGUCCUGGGCAACCUCUGCCUGAUGUGUGUGACUGUGAGGCAGAAGGAGAAGGCCAACGUGACCAACCUGCUCAUUGCCAAUCUGGCCUUCUCUGACUUCCUCAUGUGCCUCCUCUGCCAGCCGCUGACCGCCAUCUACACCAUCAUGGACUACUGGAUCUUCGGAGAGACCCUCUGCAAGAUGUCGGCCUUUAUCCAGUGCAUGUCGGUGACUGUCUCCAUCCUCUCGCUCGUCCUCGUGGCCCUGGAGCGGCAUCAGCUCAUCAUCAACCCAACAGGCUGGAAGCCCAGCAUCUCGCAGGCCUACCUGGGGAUUGUGCUCAUCUGGGUCAUUGCCUGCGUCCUCUCCUUGCCCUUCCUGGCCAACAGCGUCCUGGAGGAUGUCUUCCACAGGAACCACUCCAAGGCUCUGGAGUUCCUGGCGGAUAAGGUGGUCUGUACCGAGUCCUGGCCACUGGCUCACCACCGCACCAUCUACACCACCUUCCUGCUCCUCUUCCAGUACUGCCUCCCACUGGCCUUCAUCCUGGUCUGUUAUGCACGCAUCUACCGGCGCCUGCAGAGGCAGGGGCGUGUGUUCCACAAGGGCACCUACAGCUUGCGAGCUGGGCAGAUGAAGCGGGUCAAUGGGGUGCUGGUGGCGAUGGUGGUGGCCUUUGCCGUGCUCUGGCUGCCUCUGCAUGUGUUCAACAGCCUGGAGGACUGGCACCAUGAGGCCAUCCCCAUCUGCCAUGGCAACCUCAUCUUCUUGGUGUGCCACUUGCUUGCCAUGGCCUCCACCUGCAUCAACCCAUUCAUCUAUGGCUUCCUCAACACCAACUUCAAGAAAGAGAUUAAGGCCCUGGUGCUGACUUGCCAGCAGAGUGCCCCCACAGAGGAGCUGGAGCAUCUUCCCCUGUCCACAGUGCACACGGAAGUCUCCAAAGGGUCCCUGAGGCUAAGUGGCAGGUCCAACCCCAUUUAACCAGGUCUAGGGCUUCUCCCUGCCCUGUCCCUUGCCUUUCACUUAGCUAAGUGGGAACACUGCAGGCUGGGGUGGCACCCAGCAUUCCUGGCUUUCUGUGGCCUAGAUAGGCUGGCAAGAGCUGUUUUUGCAUCCAUUUGCAUCACGAGGACUGGCAUUCUGAUGCUUCAGCUGUUUGUUCCUGGGAGAAUUCUAAGCACAGAUUCCAGAGGUCACAGUAAGCCUUGCAGCUUGAGUUGAAAGAUGCCAGAGCCGGAGAUGUCUGCUGAUAGCAGGCAGGGUUCAUUCUGGUGACACAGUAACAGAGGCCUGGCCUGGGAACCCAGGGAUUUCAUCUCCACCAGUGAGACCACAAGGCCACUGUGAGGAGAGAGAAGGUGCGCUUGGAGUCAGAGCUCUGGACCUGAGUCAACUCCUCGCCUCUGUGAGAGAUGGUGCUUCAGAAGUGGUAAAGAAUUCUGCAUAUGCAAAGCAGAGGGAUUACUGUCAUAUCGCUAGAGCAUCCAGCUGAAGAGAAUGGAUCCAGUAGUCUUGGGUCACAGCCUUCUGCAGCAGGAAUUCUAGGACUCACUUCCUACUCCAUCCCUUUUCUCUAUCACUGUGUCUUCCGUCUUACAUGGAAAUCAGCCUGCAAGUUCCUCUCCUCGAUGAGAUGCGAGCACCUUGCAGGGGAAAUCCAUAUCAUCAUGGAGCUUGUGUCCUACAUGCCAUGAACAGGCCCUGGCACAGGGAGAGAGCUCCAGGGGGUUUUCUAUGGUGGGUUGAUGGUAAAGGUGCCACUCACUGCUGAAUGUUUGGUGCUGGACAGGAGUCCAGAAUGGGAAGGGGCCAGGGCUCAGGCUGCUAUAGCCAGUCUCCUGCCUGCCCUUCCUUGCCUCUCAGGACCUCAUUUGAUAUGGCAGCUGGACUGAGACUUUGUGGCUCUCCCCAUUGUUGACCCACUACAGAGGCCUCCAGAAUUCAAGGCCAAGGCUGCAGCCUCCUUCACUCCAUGUUCUGAUCACUGAGCUGACUUGCCCCAGAUAAUGUGCCACGAAUCUUCCAAAGUUUCCCCAGAAUAUUGGGCAUCCCAGUGGCCUUCAGUAGGAUCAGGGCAGGGAGUCCUGGGAGUCUGACUUCAUGGGGCACUGGCUGAAAAAAGCAGGGGUCCCCUUCCUCCAGCCAGCCAGGGUAAAAAGAGAAAGGGCUCCAAUGAGUGUGAAUAUCUUACCUUGGGGGUUACGGCCCAGUCCUCUGGAUGCUGAACCAGGCCCAAGGCUUUAUCUGUGUGUGGACCAGACAGCCUGUCCUUGCAGGGAAGCAAAGGUCAAGACUGCUCCUGGGCUGCCUUGGAUGGGAUGUCUCUGCAUGGCUCUGUUGGCUCAGACCGGCCCUCCAGCAGAAUGGACAGUGGCUGGCCAACUAUAUCUUGCCAGGGCAGGGUGUUCAUGUGCUGGAACCCUGGAGGGGCCCCGUUGUGAGGUGGCAUUGGUUCUGCACAGGGGGUCUGGCAUAGGGCUCUCACCCCUGACCAAGAACCCGUGUAGCUGACACCCAAGACAAGUGCUCUUUGAGCCAGAAGCUCCCUUCCUGGAGCUGUUUAGCUUAUUCCUUCUUUUGGUCACAUUUCCCAUUCAGUUCCUUUGUUCAUUUUUGCGUUGGAUUUUGGGCAGAUUUCUUGAGCCAUGCCCUUGGAUACAGUUUGUGCUUGUUCUGUUGUGCCAUCUGCUGCUGGUUUCUGCAGGGGACCACCUGCCCAAAAUAGAUGGGUCCUGGAGCAAAGCCCAGGCUCUGGGACCCAUCUAUUUUGUAAAAAGUCCACAUGUGCAAAGUAACCCCCAAAUGCGAGAGGAGCCAAGAAGCUAAAGAAGGAAGCAGACAAAUCCAGUUUGUUAGUAUUGGGUGAUUAUUUAUUUGUUUAUUUUUGAGACGGAGUGUCGCUCUGUCACCCAG